AUGGCUCCCACAGACCUAUCAUCAUAUCUCUCGAAGUCGAACCGAGAACUUCCAUAUUUAAACUUUCGAGAAUUCAUAGAAGCGCUCAAGAAGGAUGAUGAUAUUGUGGAGAUCGACAACGAGAUUGAUCCUUAUCUAGAAGCAGGAGCUAUCAUUCGCAAAGCUUGCGAGACUGGUGCACCUGCGCCCCUUCUCAAAAAUAUGAAAGGUGCAGAAAAUGGUCUCUGGAGAAUUCUAGGAGCCCCGGCAUCUUUGCGCCACAACCCCGCUCAGAGGUAUGGUCGCAUUGCACGCCAUCUAGGACUUCCACCAUCCGCCGGGAUGAAGGAGAUUCUUGAUAAAAUGACAUCAGCUGCACAUGCUACAUCAAUCCCGCCAAAUAUUAUUAGCAGUGGCCCAGCUGAUGGAGGGAAAUAUGUACAGACCUACGGCAUGCAUGUCGUACAGACACCGGAAAAAUCUUGGACGAACUGGUCAAUUGCACGUGCCAUGGUCCAUGAUAAGAACCACCUUGCCGGAUUGGUAAUUGAACCCCAGCACAUCUGGCAGAUUCAUCAGCAAUUGAAAAGGAUUGGAAAGGAUAUACCAAGGGCAUUGGCUUUUGGCGUGCCUCCAGCAGCUAUCAUGGCAGCUAGCAUGCCCAUUCCAGAUGGCAUCACUGAGUCUGGAUACAUUGGGGCUAUGACCGACUCUGCUUUAGAUGAUGUUGUCAAAUGUGAAACUAACGAUCUAUAUGUUCCAGCCAACGCUGAGAUCGUUUUCGAGGGAACAGUUUCAAUCACAGAAACUGCUCCGGAAGGUCCGUUGGUCAAUGCGAUCACUUAUCGAAAUAACGCGAUCCUACCUGUUUCGAAUUAUGGUCGUAUCACAGAUGAGACACACACACUUAUUGGCUCACUUGUAGCCGUGGAGAUCCAUCAACUUUUCCAGGAUGCCGGUCUCCCAAUCACGAACGCAUUUGCGCCAUUCGAAAGCCAAGUCACCUGGCUCGCAUUAAAAGUAGACAUCACAAAACUCAAGGAAAUGAACACUACUCCAAAAGCAUUCAGACAGAAAAUUGGAGACUUGCUCUUUUAUCAUAAAGCUGGCUAUACCAUUCAUCGUCCAAUUCUCUAUGGUCCUGAUAUUGAUGUCUAUAACUUCAAAGAUGUCAUGUCCACAUUUUCAACACGGUGCCAACAAAAUCAUAACGAGACAUUUUUCGAAGAGUGUCGAGGGUUCCCAUUGAUUACUUAUAUGUCUCAUGGAACCAGUUCGCCUGUCCAGAGUGGAAAGGUUAUCUCGGAUGCUUUAAUGCCCACCGAAUAUGAGGGAAGUCAGAAUUGGCAUCAGGCUUUGUUCAAACACUCAUACCCCGAGACUUUACAGAAGAAUAUCAACGCUAAAUGA